AUGGCAUCUUCAGAUGAUUUUGAGCAAUCUGUUGUCAAGUUUACAUUAUCCAGGACAGGUGAAAAAGUUUGUAUUGACCUGCUAGCUGAUAAGCUUGUAUUCCGACCAUUAUGCCAGCAAUAUUCAACAUCACUGGGUGAUUUCUGGGCUCAUGUUUUACAACAUCCAAACAACUAUCCAGUAUAUUCUCAUACGUACAAGAAAUUAUACAGAAUGGGAAACAAAUAUGAACUACAGCUUAGAGUGGAUGGAGUCACUUUAAGAGUAGACUUAGCUUCAGGCUGCCUCACCAUUAAAGGCUCACAUGUCAUCGAUUGGGCAGUGAGUCGUUUUCCAGAAAUUAUGAAUGGUUACUUGAAGCCACCAGUAACUGCUUCAAAAGAAUUGCGGGAACAAUACACAAAACAGGAAGUAGAUUCUCUGCACCAGGAGCAGAAAAAGUACUAUAAAAAGUAUAUUGAGGACUGGCCAGACGAAACAUUAGAAGCUUCAGCAAAUGUAUUAGAUGCUGGGAAAACUCAACAGUAUUAUGAAGCUAUUGAUCCUGAUGGCUUUCUCAAGGGAUCUGAUCUAGAAACACAUAAUCCAAUCGCUGAUUUGUUAAAUGAAGAAGAAACCAAGCAGCAGUUAAAACGAUUAUUGUCUGGAAGCGUUAUCCAAGGCAGCGUGAUGUACAGACUAUGGAAGUCAACGCUUAACCUCUGGUUUGCUGAUAAGGAUGCAAAAGUGUUUAUUGUAACACCUCAUAUUGACAGUGUCCGCUUAACAGAUAUAUGUAGGCUGUUUCUGAACAAUAAAUUAACUGCUUCUUUAGAGAUGAUGUGCGUCCCUGUAAGAAAUGCACAUGGAAGGUUUGCAGAUGUACAACGAGAAACCAUGAAGAAGUUUUCACCACAAGAUCAAGUCCUUCUCGAAUACAAAGUCUUCAGCAGUGUUGUGUAUCCACUGAUGGACAUCAUGACUAGUUUCAUAGCAAUGACAACAGAUAACAAAGCCAAGAUUUUGCUGACUAACGUACACUUUGACAAAGCCUGUUUCCAAACUGCAAACUCAGCUACUGUGCUGUUUGAAAAAAUUGAUCGAGAAAGAUUUAUGAAAGAAUUUUGUGGUAAUUUUAUUUGA